UGGCGCAAAUCACUUCAUACUUGGUUCUUAGAGCGAACACAUCGAGAAGCUGAAGCAAGAAACAAAAAAUCAAAUCAGCUAUAAAAAUACACAAGUUCGCCAGCCGGUAUCCAGCUGAAGAGGAAAAGAUAACACUCGAAUUGGCCUUAAAAAUGCAGUGAAAAAUGUGCAAAAAAUAAAUACAGCUAAAUUGUUAAACGAUCUAGUGGUUGCUAUAAGGAAAAAUAUAAACAUUCUCCUGUGAAAAACAUUCAGUUUGGUUGAAGCCAAAGAACAUAUCAUAAAAAUGGCAAGUGCUGUGCGUGGUGAAAGGUGCGGAAGGAGUCGCAUUAGAGAGCUCAUUUUGGUCCUGACAUUGGUCACGAUGUCCGGAAACUCGAGGGCCAUCCCUCUGGAUCCCUCAUUCUUUAUAGAGGGGGUGCAGUCGGAGGUGGUGAACCCAUUCAACCGCACCAUCCUCAACCGCUUCAACCUGACCGAGGAGCAGAUCCUGAGCAUCCAGAACCGCAGUAAUCCCAACAUGAGGGACUCUGCCGGCCAGACCUCCAAUCAACAGUUUCUUCAGCAGAUCGCCACUCAGCGUAAUUCCAGACUCAACGACAUCUUAAAGAACGUGCAAAAGGCCAUCUCGAAUGAGCCCAAUGGCAGCGUGUCCAAGGAGAAGGCCGGCUUUCCCAUCUGCAACGCGGAGACCACCAGUCCGCAGGAGUGGCCGGUGGGCAACAACGUGACGCUCACGUUCGCCAGCAGCGUCUUCACCUCCAACAGCGACGACCGCCUGAGCAGCGCCGUGCUCCGCCUCUACAAGAUCAAUCCCGGCCAGACCCGCGAUCAGAGUGGUGGUCAGGUUCCAGCUCAACCGGUCAGCACGGAGACCUCGGGCAGCCAGGCAGCCAAUUGUGCCGAACAGCCCCCUGUGGGUCCCCAGAUUCGAGUCACCGUCUCCAUUGUCCUCCAGCAGAGGAAGAAACGUAAGUUAGAGCGCAAGAAGCGCACCUGCAACACGGCCAUGCUGAGCAGCUCCUCCUCCGGCUGGGUGGAGAUCGACGUGAAGUGCGCCCUGGCCUACUGGGAGCAGCAGCAGCGGCAGGAGCAGCAGCACCGCCAGCAGCUCCGCCCGCAGCCCCAGCUGACCUCCAGCGUGGUGGGCACCCUGGUGAUCGAGGUCCACGACGACGAGGAGAACCCGCUCAAGCCGGGGCUCUACUUCGAGCCGCCCACUUGCGAUCAGGCAGAGGUUGCAGUCCCAUGGCGCGUUUACCGAACAGAACCGUUUAAGUCUCAUCUGGCGAGUUGGCCACUGCCAAGAAAACCAAGGUUAGACAUUCUGUUCAACGGCAGCAACUACAUGAAGAGCAUCUGCAACACACCCAAGAGCAGAGCGUACAUCGAGUCCACCACAUCCAACUCACCCACGAUCGACAACCAGCUGGACGAGAGCGGCGAGAUCGAGUGCCUGCACCACCGGCGCCAUCAUAACCAUAACCAUAGCCACGAGAUCGAGGCGGAGGAGCUGAUGUCCUCGGCGAGCAACAGCGAACAGCAGAUGGAGCCGAUCUCGAACCACCACCGACAUCGGACUGGCCACCAUCAUCCGCACCAGCUGCAUCAGCACCACCAGCACCACCAUCGCCACCCCAAGCACCAUAAGAUCCCCACCCACAAGCAGGAAUAGAGCUCCCAAUCAUCCACCCCAUAUACCCCCCAUUAUUCUCUCUCACCCACACUCAUGCUGGUCUUAUAAUAAUGUCUUGUUUUAUAUUUGUAACUUUAGGGCCAGUUGACUUAAUUAGUUUUUAGUUUUUGAUCGGUUUCCUUAUGACCUUAUUUUAAAUUCGUUGUAAGCUAAGCCAAUUUUCGGUCGAAAUUCGAUUUUAAUUUUAAAAUCUCUCUUAUAUUAGAAGCCUGUGAUUUAGAUGGGGUUGAGUCCGCACAUGUUUUGCUACAAAAAAUUGUUAGAACCUCAAGAGGAAAGCAAACCCGAAACAAAUUGAAUACGAUUUUAGGUAAUAUAUUUAGAUGGUAAACCGAAAUUAAUCAAUGCCUUAUCGAAGCAUUACAAUCCCAGACUUCUGCACAAUCCACUCGAAAAACCAGAAAGCCAAGGACGAACCAAAUCAAGCAUUUUCGAUUCCAUUGAUAAGCGAUUACAGUCCCCGGAAUACAGUUUUGUUACAUAAAUAAGUCACUAGGUUAAAAAUGCCUUUCUGCUAGCAACAGAGCACCCAGAGCAGCCGUAAAUCUCAAAAUUCCCCCGUUCGGAACCCAUUGUUCUGUUUUGUUUUUAAGAUUUUAUAAGAACCACAUUUUCAUUAAGGCAACAAAGCUAUCGAUGUAUAAUCCCUCACCACCAUCCUAACUAAGUGCAUUUGUAAAACGUAUUGCAAGUAUGAAUAAAAUAUGAGAAAUACAUAUAUUAAUAAAUAUAAGUCGCAAGCGUGUAAAGUUGCGAAUCAAAUAAGAA